AUGUCUACCCCAGAAGAAUUCAACUUGGAACAAUCAGCAGUUAUUUUGAAGAAUCAAGCUGCCCAAAUAGCAGAAAUGGAAGAAUCAAUUCAGAGUUUGCAGAAUAUAGUCAAUAUGUUACUCAAACAAAGCAGGGAACCACAGAUAGUCCCAGUGGAUCCAAUAGAAUUUUCCAGGGAAGAAGUUCCAGAGAUUUUUAUAACAGAUGAAGGCAGACUCCAGUCAGCAAGCCCUUCAAUAACACAAAUUGAGGAUACGGAAUUCAGGUUGAUGGUCUGUAGUUAUUCACUACAAGCAGAAGAUUGGAGCAGCUAUUCCAAAUCUGAAUAA